AUGACCAGUAUGGAGGAGCCGGACUUUAGUGGCACAACUGAGACUGAAAGCCCCUCUGACAGCUGGUCUUGGUUACAGACCAUGAACUAUGUGGGUCAGCUGGCAGGCCAGGUGUUUGUGCAGGUCAAGGAGCUGUACAGGGGCCUCAACCCUGCAACGCUGUCUGGUUGUAUCGACGUCAUCGUGGUUCAGCAGCCCGAUGGCUCGCUACAGUGCUCCCCCUUUCAUGUCCGCUUUGGAAAAAUGGGGGUACUGCGGUCCCGUGAGAAAGUGGUGGAUAUAGAAAUUAAUGGAGAGCCAGUUAGUUUGCACAUGAAGCUGGGAGAGAAUGGAGAGGCCUUCUUCGUCAAAGAGACAGAGAACACACUGGAAGUGGUCCCCUCCUACCUUGCAACUUCACCCAUCAUGUCAGUGGGGGAGGAGUUCAUGCAGACAGAACCUGCGUUUGCUGACAGGGGCUCUACCACCAACAGGAACUUAUUCAACACGACCAGCUGGACUGAAUCACAGAGUGAUGUGAUUAAGAAGAAUCUCUCCAUCCCCACAUCCUAUGGUCUAUCCAUCUCGUGUCCACAGACGACCUCUCACUUUUCUUCCCUUGCUGGCCAAGAUGAUUCAGCAUCAUCAACUCCAAAGAGUGACUCCGAGCUGACCAAUCAGACUAAUCCUGAAAUGCUAUGGACCUGGGGGGAGCUGCCACAGGCUGCACAGCCUUCCUUCCUUGCUUCCCACCAGAAGCAGGAUUCCACUGCAGCAGUCUCUAUCCCAGUGAGUGCAAACAGCCACUUUAGAGCCCUCACUGACACAGGAUCGGCCACUGUGGCUGCAUAUGAACUUGAGUCAACAGAGACCACUGCUCCUGAAGGGACCUUGGACUUUGAAGGAAACGAAGGUGAAGCCAGGGUGGGGACAACAAUUACAUCUGAGGAAAAAACUGGAGAAGCGAAUGUUAAAGAGACUGAGAAUGUUGGCUCCUCGACUAUGGAGGUGGAUGGUUCAACAGCAUGUUCAACGUCCCCAAAGACCCUCCCCACGCACCUGAAUGAAGAAAGUAACAGAGGAAGUCCAAUUAGAAGGACUGAUUCACCAUCAAAGAGAAAAGAUAGAAGAAGUCAGCAUCUUGGGUCUGAUGGCAUUUAUCUGGAUGAUAUUACAGAACUGGAGCCUGAAGUUGCUGCUCUCUACUUUCCAAAAAGCGAUGGAGGUAGCAGCUCAACGAGAGGGGACUCAGAGAUAACAAUAGACACUAGAAGCACCAACCAGUCACCUCAGUCAGUAGGCAGCAGCGGCAUGGACAGCGGGGUGGACAGUUUGAUGGAGCAGAUAGCUGACCUACCACAUGUUGCCAUCUCUUUGUGUGGAGGACUCUCAGACAACAAGGAAAUCACAAAAGAGCAGUUCCUGGAGAGAGCCGUUUCCUACCAACAGUUCUCGGAGAACCCCUCUAUCAUAGAUGAUCCUAACUUGGUGGUCAAGGUUGGAAAUAAAUACUACAACUGGAGCACAGCAGCGCCUGUUAUGCUGGCCAUGCAGGUCUACCAGAAACCCCUGCCACAGUGUUGGUGUUUGAGUUACGUUUUUUCUGUUUUCGGCCUCUUCUCAUACUGCUUCCCUGGUCUGUUUGGUUCCAGCGUUACUGAGCCUGCCUCAGUGGAGAGCAUCAUGAAGGAAAAGAUGCCAAAGAAAGGAGGACGUUGGUGGUUUUCAUGGAGAAGGAGGGACAGUGAUCCUAAGUUGGAAACACCAACAGAGAUGGGGCAUGGAGAGGACGGCUCGCUCACUAUGACCACAGUGAACUGUUUAAAGGAUGACUCUUCUUCAAGUGAAGAGGACCACACACUAUGCAAUCAGAUACCAGAUUCCUAUCAGCAAGAUCCUGUCAUAAACUCAUCUGGUGUCUGUUAUAAGAAGACUCUUCGGCUAACUUCAGAUCAGCUGGCCAGCCUGCAGCUAAAGGAAGGUCCCAAUGAAGUAGUGUUCAGUGUGACCACACAGUACCAAGGCACCUGCCGCUGCCAUGGCACAAUCUACCUUUGGAGCUGGGAUGACAAGAUCAUCAUCUCAGAUAUAGAUGGAACCAUCACCAGGUCUGACACUCUUGGCCACAUCCUCCCCACGCUAGGUAAAGACUGGACCCAUCAGGGGAUUGCACGGCUCUAUCACAGAGUCAGCCUAAACGGCUAUAAAUUUAUGUACUGCUCAGCUAGAGCGAUUGGCAUGGCUGGGAUGACAAGGGGCUAUUUGCACUGGGUGAAUGAGAGGGGAAACAUGCUACCCAUGGGCCCAGUGCUGCUCAGCCCUAGCAGUCUUUUCUCCGCUUUCCACAGGGAGGUGAUUGAAAAGAAACCAGAAGUAUUUAAGAUUGAGUGUUUGACAGACAUCAAGCACCUUUUCCACCCAAACACUGAACCUUUUUACGCUGCCUUUGGCAACAGAGCCACGGAUGUGCAUUCUUAUAAAGAAGUGGGAAUUCCUCUGAACAGGAUUUUUACCGUCAACCCUAAGGGGGAGCUUAUACAGGAGCAUGCCAAAACAAAUAUUUCCUCCUUUGGGCGCCUGUGUGAAAUGGUCGACCAUGUGUUCCCAGUCCUGCCUCAAAAUGAAGAAGCGGACAUCCCUCCCUCUGAUUGUUUUGAUCAAACCAGAGAUUGGGGGAAACUCUUGCCUGACAAUAGCAAUAAUCAGGAAGAUGAGUCACAGCCUAUUGAGGAAAACUGAAGAAAAAGAAAAAUCCAGCAACCCAAGAACAUAUUCUGCAAGCCCUUUGGAAUGUCCUGUUUAUGAUGAAGCUAGCAGCCAACUGAAAAGUGACAAUGAUGUAGCAAGAACUGAGGGAAAAAAAGAGCUGCGAGACUUUUUGGUCUAAAAAUGGACAAUGAAGACAGUUCCAAUGCUCAAAAAUGACCUUACAAAUAGGUACAGUAUUUUUGACUACUGAUUUUGUGUAAAUGAAUGUAUUUGUAACAAUGUGAAAAGCACAAUUGAAAAAAGUAAGGACAGAAGAUAAAAAUUUGUAAUUCUGGGGAAAAUAUUCUCAUUUUCAGGCAUGAAAAAAAAAUGGUUAAAAAAAAGGGAAGCUCUGAGAAAAAUACUUAAAAGAAGGAACUGCUCUCUUAUGACAGAUGUUUGAAAGUUCCUCAUAAAGUUGAAAAAAGUAUGUUAAAGGGUUCUGGUCAAGUACUGACUAUCAAAAUCCCCACAAAAUAAAAAAAAAUAUAUAUAUAUAUAUUCAUCUUCAAAAACAAAAAGCAAUAUUGCCAUGCAUUUGUUAUAAUGGAGUUUAUUUGGUCCUUUAUGAGCCUAAAAACCAUUUUUGUUCUGUAUGUGAUCAGCAGACAUAAGCAUUUUGAUGCAGCACCUACUGGGGCUAAUAUUACUAAAGUGGAAACUUGAACCAUGACAGGUGUUGUAUGCAUUAUGUUCUGUAUAAUCUUUUCUAUCAGUAUAUCUGAAAGCCUAAGAAUAGCAUUGAUAUCUUUAGCAUCAGUAUUAGCAAGGUUGUGUAUUCACACAUCCAUCAACAUGGCAGCAAAACCUGACUGCUUCUCCAGCCUUAGCUCCCUCAUCCAUGAACACCAAUAUUCCUAUUGUAUUCCGAGCACUAUUUAUCCCUAUUUGCACCUAACAUUUUUGCUCUUGAUCAUAUUUCAUCCUAGAAUGUUCCUCAUUCGUUUCUUCCUCCACCAAGUAUUGCUGAUUCAUUCGAUGUAAUUGCUUUAGCCACAGAGAUAAUAUAUAUCUACGACAUUUCCUUGUUUACUCAUUCCGCACAUCAUACCCCUCAAACAUUUUGUUAUUAUUGGAAAUGUUUACUAUCGCUUUGCUUACUUAUAGAGCAAAAGAAAAGUUUAAAAAACACAAAAAGAUAAUAAUUAGCCAAAAUUGUCCAAUAACUUGAAGACCUUUGGAUGCAACCAGACUGAGCCACUGGUGUAGAAAUUUGUAUGGUCAUAGUACUUGACCAGGCCCCUUUAAAUUGUAAUGUCUCAUACAUUUAAUGCAAUACAACAUCUGUUUACCUUUGUCAUUUUAGCGCUUUUUACAUUCUCAUUUAGUCCAAAAGCUGCAGCCUUUUCAGCUAAACAUAGAGCAUUAAUGCAUGAUGUAAUCCUUAGUGGUGCAUACAGUUUGACACAUUGUCAGUUGACAUAAGGUCACAAUAUACCUUCAGUUUUACUAUUUUAAUUUAUUGGCCAUUGAACAAUGCUAGAGAAACAAAAAUACUUAUUUUAAUUGCACAUGAGGUAGUGUUCUCAAAUAUGAGAAGUUAAAAUUAUUGGCUGUUGAUUUUCAGACCUUCGUGGAUGUAGAUAAGAACAGUUUCACAUGUGAGUUUUGAUCAAUCGCUAGUCAUUCAGAAUUGAGGAAAUUGGAGCUAUUUGUUUGGCCGGAAUAUUAACAGGUGCACCCCUAAUAAUAAUGUCUGUGUUUUAUGUGUUUUAUGCAGAAUGUAUUUUCAAACCAUGUUCAGAAAAAUAGGAACAUUUUUAUUCAACAUUAGCAAGUUCUUCACCAAAUAUUAUGCAGACAUAGGAUGCAGUUUCAUGUACAAACCUCUUUAGCACUGAAUUAUAAUAUAAUAAUCCAAGUUUUGCAGUUUUGCAAAGAAAAGAAAAAAUCAGGGAGGGUUUUCAAUUAUCCUUUCAUGACGAACUCUUCUGCAGGUGCGGUUAAAUAUUUGUGGUAUUUUCCCCACCCAACUGUCGUUAAUCCGUCUAGUUUUGUGUUAUUGUUUUCAAGAUAAGUACAAGACAGUGCGAAAUAACUUUGUGUGACUAAAUAGUAUGUGGGAAUGUAAUAUAUAAAUCACACAUUACUGUAAUUAUUAAUAUUUGUCAAUGACACUUUAUGAGCCCAUGUAAGACUGAGUGAUUUUGAUAGUUUUUGUAAUGUUGAAAAAUGUGUUAACAGAUAAGUUCACUUACCUCUCCUCUUAUUGUAAAACAGCAAAAGAACAAACUAAGAAAACUGUGUAUUUUUUAUUGGUUAACAUUUUUUAACAUAUAAUUUAUUUUAUAUGUAUGUAAUAUAGGAACCAGGCUUUAUAAAAAUGUAUGUGUAACUUAAACAAGGAAAACCACUGUAAAUAACAGAAAUCUUUAUUAGUAUCUUUGUUAGUAUAUACAAAGUUACAAAUGAGCUUAAAGGUUGCAUAUAUAUACAGUAUAUAUUGUUUCUAAUUUAUCUGUUUUAUUGGGGUUUUCUGUUUUUUCCCUGUUUUUUUAGAUGCCCUCAUUGAAAAAACAUGUGCAGCUAUUCAUUGAACUGAUCUCUGAGAUUUUGCAUUUUUUACCAUGUAAACCUUCAAUGAAUAAAGCAAUAUCUUUAGCAAA